UUCAUGCAGAAUGAUUUUACCACAAAAUACCUCAAAAAGUAUUCAACGAUUUCAGACCUUUUCCAAAAAGAAAUAUCUUGAUCGUCCGAAUAUCUUGAUUUUUCGCAGUAAAGAUUGGUUGCAAUAAACACCGCAAGAUGGCGCCACCAUAUGAAAUUCAGUAACGAUUCCGCGUGCUUGUGUUUCGACGUGCUUUGUGCGAGGUGAAAGAAAAAUGCCGAUAAGGCUUCUGAAAUCGUUGAUUACAUUGGUGAAUCAUUGAUGGAUAUUGUUUGUACUAAUUAAAAAAAAUGUACUCCGCUUAAUAAAUUCACGUCAUAUCGCAAACUGGCGGACCAACGCGUUUUGUUCAACAAAUAUUGUCGGCUUCAUGUUACCUAACCUCAAAAUUUUCGGCAGCUAUUUCGUACACUGUGUCCCAAAUAAAAACAUUAGAAACAACCAGACGCAUCGCGUAUCCAGACUAGGAAACGGCGAACUGCUCGGUAAAUCUUUGAGCAAACUACGACGUGCCUGGCUCACGGCCGCAACGAAAGAGGUGGUAGUGUUACGCGUUUUAGCAGUGCGAAUUUAUCUCCGAGUAUCCAGUUGGAAAACCACCCCGAAAACAACGAUGGUCGAAACUGCCGUCCUCGAGACCAUCACCGACAAGCAAACGCAGUUCGGCCACGCUCGUCUGCUCGACUGCUCCGAUUGCAUUUUCGUAUUCCAAGAAACUCUCUCCGAUUACGAGGAACCCACGUCCGACGCGGAGGUCGAUUUGAAGCCCCUUAGAGAGCCUGUGAUAACGACAGCUGCGCCGAAACUUACGGAGAAGCGAAAGGCGGAGGACGCCGAUGUGAAUAAGGAUCUAAAAAAGGCUAAGCUAGAAACUAAAGCGCUGAAAGCCAAGAGGCCUGGUUUUACCGACGAGCGGUACAACGAGACGAGCUACUACGUUGAAAAUGGACUCAGAAAAGUUUAUCCGUAUUAUUUCACCUUCACGACCUUCACGAAGGGCCGCUGGGUGGGUGAAAAAAUCCUGGAGGUAUUCGCGAGGGAGUUUCGUGCCCAUCCGGCCGAGGAGUACGAGAGAUGCAUCAGGGCCGGCACCCUGACGGUGAACUACCAGAGGGUGGAGAUCGACUACAGGCUCCGGCACAACGAUCUCCUGGCGAACGUCGUCCACAGACACGAGGUGCCGGUCACCUCGGAGCCGAUCACGGUGGUGCACAUGGACGAAGACUUGGUCGUGGUCAACAAGCCCGCAUCUAUCCCUGUACAUCCUUGCGGGCGGUACCGGCACAACACGGUCGUUUUCAUCUUGGCCAAAGAGUACAACCUGAAGAAUCUUCGCACCAUUCACAGGCUUGAUAGAUUAACCAGCGGAAUUCUACUCUUUGGACGAACACCGAAGAAAGCUAGGCAAAUGGAGCAUCAAAUCAGAAAUAGACAGGUUCACAAAGAAUAUGUCUGCCGCGUUGACGGUGAGUUUCCGGAGGAUGAAGUAGUCUGCGCGGAACCGAUCGAGGUGGUAUCGUACAAGAUCGGAGUCUGCAAAGUGUCGGAGAAGGGAAAGGAUUGCGUGACAACGUUCAAGCGUUUGAGUUUUAACGGAAAGUCAUCCGUGGUACUGUGCAAGCCGCAGACAGGUCGCAUGCAUCAGAUCAGAGUGCACCUUCAGUACCUGGGGUACCCGGUGGUCAACGAUCCUCUCUACAACCACGUUGUGUUUGGUCCGAUGAAGGGAAAGGGUGGGAACAUUGGAAAGACGGACGAAGAGCUGGUCAAGGAUUUGAUUGGUAUCCACAAUGCGGAGAACUGGCUGGGGAUGGACGGGGACUCCGAAAUGAGUCUGUUCAAACCAAAACUCGAUAUCGAGGACCAGGUAUUAGCUACGAACGACAAGGACGCCGCCUCGCCUUCAUCCUCGCCCAGCCCGCCCGAGGAGGACCUGAAGGCCCUGAAAGUCACAGUCGGAACACAGACUGGGUCAGAACCGCCGGACUCGAGUUUUGCCAAUGAAAAAGUAACGACGGAUCCCCACUGCUAUGAGUGCAAAGUGAAGUACAGGGACCCGAAACCCUCGGAUCUUGUAAUGUACUUGCAUGCGUGGCGUUAUCGCGGUCCAGGAUGGGAGUACGAAACACCUCUGCCCGCCUGGGCAGGCACGGACUGGGGAAGAGAGACGCCGGCUACCGAGGAUUGAUGAAGAUAUUUUUAUUACUCUGUAUUUUGACGUGAACAAUUUCAAGAAUAUUCUUUUCAAUAUCCUUAUACCCCGUGCCUUCCAUAUUCGUUGUGAGUCAGGUGUUAGUCAAAUGCCUCCCACGUACGGAACUCGAUUUUCAAUUACGCGAGAAAAGGGGCGAUAUUUGAGUCCGGCUACUUUGUGGAGGAGGACGUUGUUUUCCCAACAAUCAGCAUAAUCUUCCCGUACCUCGAAUAAGAGGUAAAUAUGAUCAGCGAGCUUACCAUAUCGUAAAUUCAUUACCGAUAAUGAAUAAUGCAAAGAAAAUUAGAUAUUAUAAUUUAUCGUUCGUUUCGUCGUUCGCGUACUUAGCCACGUAAUUUUAUUUUAUUUUCAUUUUUCUCCCUUAAUCAUUAUACCUUUACCGCGCGAUUUGUUACCCGGGAAUUAAUAAAUACGUCGACUAUUGUUAUUAUUAAUUAUUGUUAAUAUUAUUGUUAUCAUCAACCAUUCGCUGGUAGAAUAUUAAUAAUUAUCAUUAUAAUUGUUUAUUCUACGAACUAUCGAGUGGAUAGUUUUAAUCAAUUCAAUAUACGCAAAGCAAUGUAGAACACUUCAAAUUCUGAGAGAAUAUAUCAACCUAUAUUAUCUCAACUCAAUUACAUUAUACCAUUGCUUAUUUAGACAUCGAGAUUUUCUGCAUUCGAGAUUCAUUAUAGUCAUUUGAGAAAGAAUAAUAUCAAAAACAAAUAAAAAAUGGACUUGAAAAAUAAAUGAGUAAUAAUGAAAUAUAAAUAUUGAAUGGAAAUCUAUACAUAUGCAGGUAUAUAUUGUAGAUUGUACAAUAUAUUAAGACAUUUGAAGAGAUUUGAAAAAAAAAAGAUAAUAAGAAAAUUCUUUUGAACUACUAUAAUGAACACCUAUCACAAAAGACAGUGUGCGUGCUUACUAAUCCAUAAAUAAUAUAAUUAAAAUGAAAUUACAUGUAACAAUACGUAUAUCAUACUUUAUUUAAAUACUAACGAUAUUUAUAUGCGAAAAAGACAGUCCAUUUAUUUGGCAUAAAACUAGACAUCAAGUCUGCUGUUGUAAGUGAGACGAGAGCUUUUGUACAUACUGUAUUCCUACGCAUAUUAUUAUGGCAUAAUAUUAUGGAUUGUAUUCAAGCGAUAUACGUGUAUGAUACUAUGAUAUAUUAUGUGUAUGUUAUUAUUGUAUCGUGCGGUAGUCACCGUAAAAACGUUAGUUUUAGUGACUUUUAUUGUAUCAUAAAGCGUAAAAUAAAUGAAAA